AACAAAGAUGGCCACCUACCCUGUUCUACCCAGUUCUUCGGCCGGUAUCAAAUACCAGAGUAUCUUUCACUUUCGGGUCACUGUUGACAGGAGAUGGCGCCGAUUCCGAAGACUGUGGGGCAGAUUAAACUAGAUUGCCCUCUGCGGCCCGGCUGCCCGCUGGGGGUCGCUGCAGUCCCCAAACUCUGCAAGGACUUCGGUCCUGAGGACUACGGUGAAGAGGAUAUAGUGGAUUUUCUUCAGCGGCUUGUGGAGAGUGAUCCCCAGGGCCUGCACCGGAUCCAUGUGGAUGAGAGCAGCAGCCAGCUGCAGCUGUGGCACCAUGAUUACCUCCUGAACCAUGUCUGUGACGAGGAGAAAACAGCUGGACAGAGUGACAGGGGCAAGGGGGCUGAGGGCCUGGGCACCUACUGUGGUCUCCGAAAGUCCUUUCUGUCCUCUCCCCAGGAAUCUAGGCCCUGCCCUCAAAGCCACUCUGCCCCUGCAUCCUUCCCCAGUGACUCAGACAGCCUGCUUCAGGUGGUCAUGCCCCAGAAGCUCCUGGUGACUGAAGAGGAAGCUAACCGCCUGGCUGAGGAGCUGGUGGCUGAGGAGGAGCGUGAGAAGCAGAAGGCAGAGAAGAAGCGACUGAAGAAGAAGCGUCAGAAGGAACGGAAGCUGCAGGAGCGCCUGGAGCAGGACAGUGGGAAGGCCAGUGCCGAGGCCACCCCCAAUGGGGACGGGAGCCCCCCAUCCAGCCCUGGGAACCCAGCUCAGGGACAGUGUGGUGAGGAAGCGGACUCACUGGAUCUGUCUAGCACUUUAGUGUCUUUAGCUCUCCGCAAGGUUGGGAAUAGGCCCUCCAGUGCCCCAAGAAACAAAGGACUGAGCCAGAAGCCCCAGCACAGGAGCCAGCGCCCCCAGGAGAAGAUGGGCCAAGAGGAAGGGAGCCCUGCUAGAGAAGACAGCCCCAGGCAGAGUCCUGAGGCCAAGGUAUCUCCAGGACUGCUGGCAGCUGCCUUACAGAAGAGCCACGAGCUGGCAAAGUUGGGUAAUAGCUUUGCCCAGAAUGGUUUCUACCAGGAGGCUGUGGUCCUCUUCACCCAGGCCUUGAAGCUCAACCCCUGGGAUCACCGGUUAUUUGGAAACCGUUCCUUCUGCCAUGAGCGGCUGGGUCAGCUGGUGUGGGCCCUGGUGGAUGCCCAGGUGGCCCUUACCCUUUGUCCUGGCUGGCCCCGGGGCCUCUUCCGCCUGGGCAAGGCCCUAAUGGGACUGCAGCACUUUGAGGAGGCAGCUGCUGUGUUCCAGGAGACUCUGAGAGGUGGGUCCCAGCCGGAUGCAGCUCGGGAGCUCCACUCUUGCCUUCUCCAACUGAAUCAGCGAGGAGGAGUCUGUGCUCCACCUCUGUCAACUGGGUUCCCUCAGCUACUUCCCCACGCUGAGCUGGGGGCCCCAGGCCUACUCUCUCUCAAUCCCCCUCGAAUCAUUGCUCCCAGGGCCCCUGGCCUUGUGUCUCUACCCUUGCAUUAUCCCCCAUGUCACCUGGGCCACCCUAAUUGGCCCCUCCCCCAGGCUCAGAGGAGAGGACCCCAUCCUCUCCAUCUCCACGACCCCUCAAAGGGUGGGGGCACACUGGGGCUUGGGUGCCAGCGUCUACCUCAGGCCAGGUGAGGGAGGACCUGUGCGUCUUUUAGGGCAAGGCCAUGUGUACAUCUCACUGGAUGGGGACACUUGUGUGGUGGUGGUAGCUCACUGCGUAUUUUGAGGCCUUGUAUUCUAAAACCAUAGUGAAGGACACCCUUUGUAGUCACUCCUCUUGCAACGUAGAACCUCGUGAUGAGAGAAGGGAGUCCCACAUCCACUAAAACAGCCUUUCAUUGGUUCUCAAGCAGAUAGCUUCUUCUAGGGGGGGUAGGAAAAAAUGAAACCCAAGAUUCAAGAAGGGAACUAUACAAAAGUUCAGUUUUUCAGGCUAUCACAGACCCAGCAAGGAGGCAUUUGGGGCUCACUCAGCUUCUUGGUCCCAGGGGAUUCAUUCA